UCCGUGUCGCGAGUGCCGAUUGGUAGAGAAGGCCCGAUGCGCGUGGAAGGCUGCUCGUGAUUGGCAGAGGCGGCGGGUCUGUCCGCUGUUUGAGUGUGGGAGGGUAACAAGCGGCGGUCUCCAUGAGCGCUACAGGCGGCUCGGUGGGACGCUCCGCGCGCUCCAGAAGGCUGGCAACCCCCCACAGCUCAUCCAGGUACUCUAGUUCUCAGCCUCAGAGUCAGGGGGACUCUACUCCUCUCCCUUCAAUCAAUGAACGCCUGGCCUUCCUCCGCCCUUCCCGGGAGCUGCUGGAAUACUACCGCAAGAAGAUUGCCGACUUUGAUGAAGAGCAUGAGGAUUUGGUAAAAAGGCUGGAGAGAUACAAAGAAACAUACGAUGAGCAGCACAAACUGCAAUGGGAAGUACGUCAGCGAGAAGAGGAGAUUGCAGAAUUGCAAAAGGCUUUGAGUGACAUGCAAAUCUACCUGUUCCAGGAGAGGGAACACGUGCUCCGUCUUUACUCUGAGAACGACCGACUGAAAAUCAGGGAAUUGGAGGAUAGGAAAAAAAUUCAACAUCUCCUGGCUUUAGUGGGAACAGACGUAGGAGAAGUUACAUAUUUUCACAAGGAGCCACCACAUAAGGUCACUGUUCUACAGAGGCCAGCUAGCUCCAGAGACACACAUGAAGGAAAUGACAAUUCUAGAACAGGCACCAAGAGGAGCACUUCAAAACAAGCAGGAAAAGGAGACACACAUGAAAGUCCAGAGAGAUAUCAGAGGGACAACCAAACACUUCUACUUCAGGUGGAGGCCCUGCAAGCUCAGAUAGAAGAACAGACACGAUUAUCCAAGGAACAGCUUCAGGCAUUACUAGAGGAUAGGCGGAUUCACAUGGAAGAAGCCCAGGUCCAGCAUCAGAGAGACCAGGAGAAGAUUAAAACUUUAACAGAUAAACUCAACAAGACUCAAAAUCUCUUGUAUGAGAGUACUCGUGACUUUCUGCAGCUGAAGUCUGAUGUUCGAGACAGUGAGAAAGCGUGGAUGGUAGAGAAGGAAAAUCUGUUGAGGAGGAUUGACAAAGACUCAGAUCAGCUUACCAGCAGGGAGGCAGGAGAGAAGAAGCAGAGAGAUACCAAGAAGGUGCUUCAAGCAGAUCGUGAAGCUGGGAAGCCCCACAGUAGAGAAGUAAAGACGCUGCAAGAAGAACUAACGCAGGAGCAGCGGCUAUCAAACAUGUACAGAGAACAGUGUAUCACCCUGGAGAGUGAGCUGGCUAGGAUUUGUGAAGAGAGAGAUGUUGGCAGAGAACUCUUUAAGGAACGCUCAGAAAAGAUGGGGAAGCGUUUGAAGCUGGUGACUCAGCGAUACGAGGCCUUGGAAAGACGUCGUAAUAUGGAAGUGGAAGGCUUUAAGAAUGACAUUAAACAGCUCCGGCAGAAACUGAAAGAUGUAGAGAAGCAGCUUUUUAAGGUGACUCUGAAUGUUGGACCAGACCAGGAUCUUGCAAUUCUACAUGAGGUUCGUCAAGGAAACAGACUAACUCGUAAAAUUCAAGAAGAAUUAAAAUACUUAAAAGCAAAAAUCUAUGGCUUAGAGAAUGAACUACGAGUCUGCUGAAACUGAAGUUUUAGUUGGCAUCAAAGUUUUCGGAAUGGGACAUUGCCUGUUUACUGGCAUCCAGUAAUAGAAGGCUUGAAGAAAUCUGCAGUUAGGAACAUCAUAACAUCCAUCAGUGAUAUACAAGCCAUUCCUAACAUGCCAAACUAGAUUGCUGUGUCUGUUGAUAGGCACCUGAUGAGUCUGCUAUAGAAAGUAUCAGAAGUCUGAUACAUCAGGAACAUUUUUAUGCCUUUUAUUACUUUCAUAUUUGUGGUGUAGGGAGUGGUGUAUACUGAUCUUAAACUUCAUUUGGAACAUUUCAGAAAGCAGGAAUAUAAAUUAAUGGCCAUUAAAAGAUCUAGUUCAAGAUCUGAAUUGCUUGGCUCACCUUUUCCUAUGUGAGAAAGAGCUUUUAAAGUGUGUUCAGUGAUGACUGUUUUAGUACCUAGGCAAUUCAGGAUGUAACUGGAAAUUUUCUUUGAAAAAGACCUUGCACAGAUCUUCUGUACUAAUUUUGUAUUAAGAUGUAUUAUAUCCAACUCUGCCUUUUACAAUACAACUACUUUUAAAUAGCUUCCCUUUGAUUAUUUCUAACCCAGCUGGGACAAACCUGACUGAUUUUAAUAUGGCGAAAAAAGAUAACAUUUUAUGGAACUUAUCUGCAAGAAUGAGCAAUGUCUACUCUUGUUUUGAAUAGCUGGGGGAAGUGAGAUACCACACUAUCAAGAAUCAUCUUCCCAUCUCCUUUUUUUCUAGCCUCUUGACUCCUGCAGGAAGCUCAUUUAGAAAAUAAAACAGGGCACAUACUAUCUUCCUUAGUCACUAGCUUUAAACUAUACUAUGGUUAUGUACCAACAAGUCGCGAUCACUUUUCACUCACGCUGUUGUUUCACAGCUGUAACUGAAAUUGGGGUUGAAGAGCAGCUGCCUAGUUGCUGCGUGAUGUAUAUAGCUAUAUAAUGAUUAUCUCCAUAGCAGGCGUAAGGUUAUUGCAGUUGUAGAAAACAGAUGAAAUAAUGAGGGAUGCUACAGUGGGCUUCAGCCCAGUUUCUAAUCACAAGGUAUUUGUGCUUUCACUGCAGUGUCAGCAAAUCUUGUCCA